AUGGGUAGUCAAAUUCAAAACAAAGCAGCCUCCGGGGUGCCUUACUUCACCCCGGCCCAGGAACCUCCGGCCGGUACCCCGCUCAAGACGGAUUCGGCGCCGACUCUGUUCAAGCCACUCCGUACACGAGGUGUUGAACUUCAGAACCGCUUUGUCGUUUCUCCUAUGUGCACCUACUCAGCUCAGGAUGGUCACUUAACAGACUUCCAUCUUGUCCAUCUCGGACAAUUUGCCCUCCAAGGCGCUGGUCUUGUUUUCGUUGAGGCUACUGCUGUUGAGCCCCGUGGGCGUAUCAGCCCUGAGGACUCGGGUCUUUGGGAAGACAGUCAGAUUGUGCCUCUCAAGCGCAUCACAGACUUCAUCCACAGUCAGAACACCAAAGCUGCCAUUCAGCUUGCACAUGCCGGCAGAAAGGCGAGCACAGUUGCGCCCUGGAUCGGUGGCUCUGUGAACAAGGCACUUGCUACCAAGGAUGUUGGAGGCUGGCCUGACGAUAUCGUUGCGCCCAGCGCCAUUCCCUUUGCUGAUGACUUUGGAACACCGCACGAGUUGACGACCGAGGAAAUCAAGGCUCUUAUCAAACAGUGGCAGGACUCUGCUGUGCGAGCGGUCAAGGCUGGUUUCGAUGUCAUUGAAAUUCACGCCGCUCAUGGCUACCUCCUCCAUCAGUUUCUCUCGCCUCUCACCAACAAACGAACGGAUCAGUAUGGCGGAAGCUUUGAGAACCGCACUCGUCUGCUCUUUGAGAUCACCGAAGCCAUUCGUGCUGUUAUCCCUGAGGAGCUCCCUCUCUGGGUACGCAUCUCUGCUACUGAGUGGAUGGAGUGGAACAACGAACCCUCAUGGGAUCUUGAGAGCAGCAUCCGCCUUGCCAAGGAGCUUCCCGCAUUGGGAGUUGAUGUUCUCGACAUCAGCAGCGGUGGAAACUUGAAGGCGCAAAAGAUCAAAGUUCACCAAACGCUCCAGACAGACCUCGCAGGCCAGAUCCGUGAGGCCCUAAGUACCGAGGGCAAGGAGCUUCUUAUCGGAACCGUUGGUUACAUCACUGACGGACCUUUUGCUCGGUCGCUUGUGGAGGAGAACGAGGACCCCAAGGCGGAUCUUGUGCUUGCUGCUAGACAGUUCCUCAGGGAGCCAGACUUUGUUCUCAGUGCCGCUGACCAGUUGGAUGUUGAAGUCAAGUGGCCUGUUCAGUAUCAGCGAGCUACUCCAAAGAACCGUAAGCCACACAGCAAGUAA